ACUUAAAGCAGUUAUGCUCGAGAAUUAAACCAGUUACACCAGUUACACUGGAGAAUUCAACCAGUUGAACCAGUUACACCAGUUAAAUCGGUUCUGUUAGACAAAUAAACCAGUUACAGCAAUUACAAUGGAGAAUUAAACCAGUUACACCAGUUACACUGGGGAAUUAAACCAGUUACACCAAUUAAAAAGCUUCUGGUAGAGAAAUAAACCGGUUACAACAGUUUCACUGGAGAAUUAAAGCAGUUACAGCAGUUAUCUGAGUUGUGGUGGAGAAAUGAACCGGUUCCACCAGUUAAACCAGUUAAAGGCAGUCCCGUGCCCCUCCCAGGGACCCCAAACCCCCCGGGGCUCCCCCAGGUUCCUGCCCCAGGUGUGUCCCUGCCGAGCCGGGGCCAUCCCGGGACUGGCGACUUUAGGGAGGCGACAAACCCGGCUGAGUUUUGUUUCCGUUCACACGGAAUUCUGAAACGCUGCCAAAAUUCCCCGGGGGAGGAGGAAGAGGCGGGGGAGGGAGGAUUUCAAGAGGAACAAAAGUAAAGGAUUUCUCGGAAAUCACGGAGAGUUCAGGAAUGAAAAUCUGAGGAGCUGUGCGAGACCCAAACGGGGUGAGAACGGCAGGGAGCAGCCACGGCAGUGCCGAAAACACCGGGAGGAGAGCCCGGAGUGGGGAGAAGGGUCUGGAAUGAGGGAGAGCCAGAGCUGAGGAGAUCCCGGAGUUGAGGAGAUCCCGGAGCUGAGGAGAUCCCGGAGCUGAGGAGAUCCCGGAGCUGAGGAGAUCCUGGAGGUGAGGAGAUCCCGGAGCUGAGGAGAUCCCGGAGCUGAGGAGAUCCCGGAGCUGAGGAGAUCCCAGAGCUGAGGAGAUCCCGGAGCUGAGGAGAUCCCGAGCCAGGAUGGGAUCGUUACUGAGCCGCUCUGUGGAGAUCCAGAUCUCCAACAACACCCAGAACAUCACCCUGAGGAACCCCAGGACCUUCUUCGACUGUGGCCGCUGCUCCAAGCCCCCCCUGCCAGAGUUGUUCCCCGGCUCCAGUGACAUCUGCCACUUCCCAGGCGACUUCCCGUUCUGGGGCGUGGCGGGGAUCCUGGUCUACGAGGCCGACUCCUUCACCCUGGCCAUCCACUUCUCCAACCCCAUCGACUACAAAAAGUUCUCCAUGGAGCUGGGCCUGGAGCUGUCCCCAGGUAGGGCCCACCUGGACAGUUUGGGCACCACCUACGCCCGCAUGGCCAAGGGAACCUACUCCAGCUCCUGCCUGGACAUCAAGUUCACCCGCGUGGUGGUGGGCAGCAGCCACGGGACCGCCCAGCUGAGCCACGGCCCCGUCAUGGUGAUGGCCACCAUGUCCAGAAACACCAACUCCACCAUCAAGGUGGUGCUGACAGAGCAGAGGGGAUCGGGGGAGGAAGGCGGGGAAGAGGCACCCCAGGAUGGCGUGAGAAACAGGUCCAGGAGGAGCGAGAACCUGCUGGACUUCGACUGGGACGUCAAGGAGAACCCUGGAAGGGCGUGAAAGGCCUGAGAAUCCUGCAGGCAUCACCAGAACCCCGUGGACACUUCUAGAAACCUGUGGGUGCAUACAGAAGCAUGGAGACAGCUAUGAAACCUUGUAGGACACUCUAGAACCCCAUAGUCACUGCUAGAACCCCAUAAGCACCUCUAGAACCCUGUAGACAGCUCUAGAACCUCAUGGAUGCAUAUAGAAACCUGGAGAAACAGAUAAACACUGGUAGAAACCUCUAGAAUCCCGUAGGCACAUCUAGAACCCUGUAGGCAGCUCUAGAACCCCGCAGACGCUCCGGGACAUCCUUCAGCAGAACCUCACGGGCACCGGAGGAACCUCAGAGAAAGCUCCAGAACCUCCAGGGCAGAAUGGACA